GAAUACACACACAGAAUGUAACUCUCAGUGUAAAGUGAGUUUAGUAAGUACAUUCAGAGGUGAUCCACCCCUUUUCCUUGUUCAAAAAAAAAAAAUCAACCCCACUGGAUUUUCACUUUCAGUUAGUGCAAACGCUUACCAGAAAUUCUCUUUCAAAAAAAAAAUGUGUCUGAAGUUUUGUCUACUUUUUUGUGAAAUAUUUUGAAACUUUAUGCUGAUUUCAGUAUGUCGAAAGGAGAUGGCCACACUGAAGAGUUCUGUGGAGGUAUUUUUCUGCGGUGCAAACAGCUGGUGUAAGUGUCUGGUGGGAAAUCGUAUUCUUGGCUUUGAACAUUUCCUGCCAGAGCAGUCCACAUUUGAUGAAGAGGUAUCAGUGGAGAUAGGUGUCCAAUGGAUUACUGUUAUUAAUGAGCCUCAGACUGUAAUUAAGUGGUAUAUGGAGACAUCACCUAGGUGUCCAUGCAUGAUUUUGUUUGUUCUGCAACAUGGCCAUGUUUCUCAGAGAGAUGUAGAAGCAUUUGCACAUUUUCAGCAGAUGUUCGGAAAGAAAAUGGAGGAAAAUACUCUUGUAGUUAUGGUCAGUAGUGAUGAUAAGAAAUCAGCAAGGCCAAACAAAGUGAAAAAUGAAAACCUGGAAACAGUUCUCUAUCAAAGUGGAAGGAAAGUGUUUGAUUUUAACAAAAAUAUGAAGCAAAAUGACUUAAUCAAACAACUUAUGACACGUUGGAAGAGUGUGCCUGAUUUGCACAUAUACAAGCAUGAAAGCUCAUCCCUGUCUGUGGAAAGGGAGACAUGGAGAACACAGGAAGCAAUGACACAAGAGCAUAUAUCAGGAGGUAACCAUGCUGCUAUCAAGAGGAAUAACACUUUGACCAUCGUGCUUCUGGGACAGACAGGAAGUGGAAAGAGCGCCACUGGAAACACCAUCCUGAGAAAACAUCAUUUUGAAUCAUAUGCCAGUUCCGUGCCAGUAACACAGAUGUGCCAAAUGGCAGAGGAAACUGUUUGUGGAAUCAAAAUCAGGGUCAUUGACACUCCAGAUUUCUUUGAUGAAGACCUAAAAAACCAACAAGAACAGAUAAAGAAGUGCAAAGAGCUCGCUCAGCCAGGGCCUGAUGUGUAUUUACUGGUCAUGGAGCUUGGCCGAUACACAGAUGGAGAGAGAGCAAUAGUUCAGAACAUACAGAAAGCGUUUGGUGCAGAAGUGGUAAAAGAAACCAUUGUUCUGUUAACUAGCAAGGAGAAAUUACGAGGGAAAACUGUAGCAGAGUACAUUAAAAACACUGACACACAACUGCAAGAGCUGAUCAGAAUCUGUGGGUCAAGGUGUCAUGCAUUUAACAACAAAGACCACAGUGUUUCACAGACUGAGAGACUGUUAGAGAUGAUUUUGGAAAUGAAGAAGAAAAAUGGAAGUACUGUAGAACACUACUCUUUUUGUAAGGAAUCAGAGAAAAAAGACUGCAGAAUUCAGUAGACACUUGCAAAUGAUUUCUGUGACAAUUGUUCAAAACUGAUUGUCUUUUGUCCUGUGAUAGUAGUUUGAUUUAAAAACAUGAGUUCAUUUUUGCUAAUCAGUGUUAUGUUACAUGUAUUAUCAAGUACAAUUACAAAUAAAGAGAAGUAUUUCUUCAA